AUGUGCAACGACCAGCAGGAACCCGCAGACGAUGGCCCAGUCAUUGUGGCCGAUGAAGACUUUAGUGCCGAUGACAGCUCGUCGGAUCGGGCAACUAGCAUCGCGUCUUCCAGCACAAGCUUGGCAAGCUCAAUCCUGAACCACCGCCUCGAGAACGGCAGAACAUACCACCGCUACAAAGAUGGCCACCUUCAGCACAACAUCUUCCUCCUCACGCUGGACUACAAGCUCGGUCUCGCGCCGCCGGCCCAGCUCGAGUCCAAGGUCAAGCGUGUUCUGGACGUUGGUACCGGUACCGGGCUUUGGUGCAUUGAAUUUGGUGAUGAGCAUCCCGAUGCCGAGGUUCUUGGUAUCGAUCUGUCACCGGCUCCGACAGCAUUUGUUCCGCCAAACGUAAAGUUCGAGGUCGAUGAUGUCGAGGAACCGUGGACGUACAGCAGAAAGUUUGACUAUAUCCACACACGCAUCAUGACCUCAAGCAUCUCCGACUGGAAGAAGUUCUUCCAACAAUCAUACGAUAACCUCGAGCCAGGCGGCUACCUAGAGCUCCAAGAAGGCCAUAUGCGCCCCGAAUGCGACGACGGCACCCUCAAGCCCGACAGCCCCCUACUAGAAUGGGUAGACAAGCUCGAGGAGGCCUGCAACAUCUUCGGCCGCCCUUACAUCGACUGCCCGGGCCUCAAGCCCCUCCUCGAGGAGGUCGGCUUCGAGGACGUCACAAUCACCAAAUUCAAGUGGCCCAUCAACUCGUGGCCAAAGGACCCGCACUACCGCGAGCUGGGUAUCUGGUGCCUAGAGAACUGGAUGGAAGGGCUCGAAGGGUUCAGCAUGGCGCCCUUUACGAGGGCGCUUGAGUGGACUAAAGAGGAGGUCAAUGUGUUUUUGAUUAGUGUGAGGAAGGAGUUGAAGGAUAGGGGUAUACAUGCGUAUAUCCCUGUCUAUGUCAUCCAUGCGAGAAAGCCCCUCAAGGAUAAGGAGGAGACCGAAGAAACGUCUUGA